AUGGCCAAUUUCACUAUGAGUGGGUUUCUUUUGAUGGGAUUUUCAGUAAAGCCUGAGCUAGAACUCAUCCAUGCUUCUUUGUUCUUAGUCUCAUAUAUGGUGGCAUUAGCUGGCAAUAUCCUCAUUAUCACAGCAAUCUCCAUAGACAAUAGUCUCCACUCACCGAUGUAUUUCUUCCUGAAACAUCUCUCCUUGUUGGAUUUGUGCUACAUUUCUGUGACUGUGCCAAGAUCCAUUUAUAACUCUUUCACACAUAGUGGCUACAUUACCUUUGGUGAAUGCAUAGUGCAGUGUUUUGCUUUCACUAUCUGUGGUUCUGUUGAGACAUUUAUACUCACGUUGAUGUCUUAUGAUCGCUACGUGGCCAUCUGCUUUCCACUGCGCUACGAAAUCAUCAUAGAUGUCAGCACCUGUGUCCAUGGAGUCCUAGGCGCCUGGAUCAGUGGGGUCAUUGCUGGCGCCAUGCACACAGCUGCCACCUUCUCCAUGCACUUCUGUGGUUCCCAUAUCAUUCAUCAGUUUUUCUGUGACAUCCCCCAGAUCAUGAAACUCUCUUGUUCUAACGAGUAUAUCAGAGAAGUUGGGGUUAGUGCCUUCACAUUUCUUGUGGGCUCUUUUUGCAUCACCUUCAUUGGAAUGUCCUACUUCCAGAUAUUCUCCACUGUGCUGAAGAUGCCAUCUGCAGAGGGCAGAGCCAAGGUCUUUUCCACUUGCCUUCCCCAUCUCAUUGUUGUCAUUUUGUUUAUAUCCACCGGUGCCUUUGAGUUUCUCCAGCCUCCUUCUGAUUCUCCAAGUGCACUAGACAUUUUUCUCACGAUUAUGUACACAGUUGUGCCCCCAACACUCAACCCAAUGAUUUAUAGUCUGAGAAAUCAAGCCAUAAAAAUUGCUGUUAGAAAGGUUUUCCAAAGAAGAAAAGCUGAUCUCUUUUGUUGA